AUGGACGAAAAAGACGAAGGCCACGAGCCGCUCGACCUAGUUCGCCUCUGCAUCGACGAAAUCGUAAUCGUAAAACUACGCGGCGACCGCGAACUCAAAGGCCGCCUACACGCAUACGAUAGCCAUUGCAACUUAGUCCUGGGCGAUGUUGAGGAGACAAUCUUCGUCGCCGACGACGAAGACGAGGACGAGGCGCCGCGCGUGAGGACAGUCAAGAAGCAGUCGGAGAUGCUAUUUGUGCGAGGCGACUCGGUGGUCUUGAUCGCGCCGCAGGAGGGAGUUACGCAGUGAGCUUCACUGCACCGCUUCCUACCGCAAGAGCAGAGUUCUUAAUGACCUUAAGGACAUUGGUGAACGGAUGCGUGAACGGCCACGCUUGAGAUACCCGAAUGAGAGACGUUGCGAGGACCGCUUGGUGGAGAGGGAUUGCAUGUGAUGGCUCGGCGCUGAUGGAGGAGUCUCUUGAGGGAAGAUGUUGCCCGGUCAGAUUUGCACCGCGCCCGAAGGGAGUGAGACACGCAAUGCGUACGGCCACCCAACACUAGUUGAGCAGAACCAUACACAAUUGAAAGAUCCGCAAAGCCCAGACGGCCUGUUCUUCCC